AUGGAAUGGUCAGAUGAAAGAGAAUAUUUGGCGGCCGAGCCACCGAAUAUCACAAAAUCGCCGCAACUGUCGUCGGUUACACCGUGCGCGACUCUCGCGCACCUUGCCGCCAGUCGUCUGCCGCGUCCGAUCUGACCUCCUCUUCCAGUCUUUUCCCCAGGAAAAGUUUCGAAAAGUUCUAUUAAUAUGUCUGGACAGCAGCCGCAGCCAUACUCCGUACGCGACAUCAUGGACCGGUUAGUUAGUCGAUUUCUGCGAUUACAAGCUUUUGGUAAUGAAAUGGUUCUAGAAGUUUUUUUCUCAAUCGCUUAUUUGCUUGUCUUAUACCUAACGUCGAAGUCUGUUUUGUUUAAAAACUGUUUAUUGCAUCUUCAAUGUAAGAAUACAUGUGCAAUCGACUUUCAUUGAUUUAACUGUGUUUAAACGGCGGCAGGAGCUGUGGCUUAGGCAGAGAAGUUGUGAUUUCCGCUCGUAGAACAUCAGGUACAAGAGAGGUCGUAGGAAGAGUUACGGUGUCGGCUUUCCAAAGGCCGAUGGCAGAGAUUGAGCCUUUUCGCUGCAUGCAGUUCCCAAUUUUAUCUACCCCGGAGGGAUGAAAGGCUUGGUCGACCUCGGGGGGACUCGAACCUACGACCUUGCGGGCGUUAGAAAUGAGUUUUACCAGCUGAGCUAUGCCGGCACCGUAAAAGCCAAGCCUAUAUAAUAUACGUUUUCAAAACAAACUGGAAUCUGUUCUUUGGUUUAAGCUAUGAAUCGGAAGAGGACGAGUUUUUACGGGAGCUGGAGGACAUGCGACAGUCAUUGCGAAACUCAGAGACUGAAGACGAAAUACCACAAGAUCCCGCUCCGAUAUUAAGUGAUUUAGAUUUUACUUUUUUCCAAAUUUUUAUUUUCCUGUAACAUCAAUUACUGUAAAAAAUAGUUUUCAGCUGUUCUGUGCAGUCUGGUAGACGAGAUCGGCUCUUUGCGAACCGAGAACAGAAGACUCAAAACACGGUUGAUACCUGCUCCGAGAGCCAAGGUGAGCAAUGAAGCAACUGGAGUCAAGGGAGUUAACUACAGAAUGUGGUGCAACGGAUGUCGGCGAUGCUCGAGAACCGCGGCUCGGGAUUUUUCCCACGUCUUCGCCGGUCGAACCAACACGUUCCCACCGCCGCACAGGAGAUCCGAACAGGCGCUCGUGACAGGCUUUCAACACCUCCUCGCAAGGUUUUAACAACAAUAUCUUGUUCAGCUUCAGUUUCAAAGAGAUAACAACAAAAAAAAAGUUGGAAAAAAUUGAAGAAGAAAUUCGGUAAUUUUUUAAAAGAUUGCAGAAAAAAUUGAUUAUGUGAAGUCCGAGUCCCCUUAAAGCGCAUUAAUAGUAAUGUGAAGACACAACUUUUAUUGCUUUCAUUUUUUGAGCUUCUAUAAAACCAUUCAGACGAACUGUAUGACAACCUCUUCUCUGUCGACAGAUGCUUCGUCUUCACGAGGACCACCUCUGGUCCAGCCGGAACUGAGCGACAGCGAAUUCGACGACAACAUGUUCAACGACCUUGAAGUGAUCAAAACCUCCUAAAUUAAAAGGAUAAGAUUCCGAUUGAGGAAUCGACAGAAGAGCAUCGCAGCCGCGACACGACUCGUCGAUGUGAUUCUGGAAGUAGGAGAAUUGACAACUCUCUGUCCAACUGCACGUCUCCGUCGUCAGCCUCGUCGUCGCGAGACCCGUCCGAAGCUAUGAGUUCGUUCUCCCUUCUAGUUGAAACUUCUGAAGUUUCACCGCGGAAAAUAAUCUCUCUUAAUCAAAUCCAUUUGCGAUUUCAGCUGCAAGCCGUUCUUCUUUCCUGGAUUUGUUUGGGUUCCGUCGUCGAACCAACCGCUCGGCCCAAUCCUUGUUGGGACCGCCCACCAUCAAUUACAGUUCAGCCAAGUCUGGAGCUGUCAAACCGAUUCUCAAAAAGAGGAAACGCCGUUCAUCCGGAAACGAUUCAGAGUCAAGUGGCCUCUACGUCAACUUAGGUAAGUUUAGGGAAGGGAUCCGUAUUUUUAAGAAGAAAAAAGUUUAUAAUAUGAUUGGUUUGAUUUCUAUAUUCUUUCUUUCGGAACUUUUUAGUAUGUCCAAAACAAUUGGCAAUGAAAACGCUUGAUGUUGCGCAGCUAAGGGCAUUUUCCUUUUGAAACAUUGUCACAUACAUUUUUUUAAAAAAAGGACUUUUCAAGUUUGUUCCUGAUGAGAAAAAAAUAAGAAGGACCACCUUAUUUUCUAUGUUUUGAAUCGAAAUGAGAACUCUUUCAGACAGUGAGAAGCACCGCUCCCGACUGCCUACGAAGGUGAGAAAUGGAAGCAAUUUCGAUGGAGAGUUCGUAUUUUGCAGCCACCUAGACCUGCGUCUUACUAUCCUCGAGAAGAGAGCGAAGACUCUGACUAUGCGAAGAGUCGUCAACGUAAAGCGACGUCGUUCCUCAACGUCCAUUCCACCUACGACAACGCUUCAGGUAAUAUAAAAAAGCUCUUUUUUUGAGAAAAUUUCUUUGAGAAGUGUCGUUCCGCGUUGAUCGAGAGACCCGCCUUCUUCACGAAAAAGAUAAUCUCAUGGCUGAACUCGAAGAACUCAAGGUCUUCGCGAGACGUUUCUUUCUGAAAACAUGAUGAUAUUCAGAUGAGAAAUCAGCGACUGGUGGAUCAACUACGUGAGAAAAGUCAGCAACAGAGCAAAUUGCAGUAUCAACUGCAUAAAGUCGAAAUGCAGGUUUUCAAAAAAAAAAGGACAAUUUUUUUCGAAAUUCGUUUUCAGGUCGACAAUUUGAACCGUCGCUGUGCUUUGUCUGAAGCGCUCGACCGUCUGACGAUGGACGAGAGAGUGGAGAAAGUGGCCACCAACGGCAUCAAGAAGGUCAGUCACAUGUUCCAUGGAACGAAAAAAUUUCCGAUCAUUUCCAGAUUGAGGAACGCUUGCGACACUUUGAAAAUCAAAUGCAAGCCGCAAAACUGGAAUCAGCGAGCGCGCAUCAAAUGGUAAGAAGUGUUAUCUUUGAGUUUCCCCGUAUUUAAAUGGAAAAUAGUUUGUAAAGCGGAUUUGAGACUGUGGAUUGGUGAGAUCUUCAUUUUGUAUAAAUAAAACCCAAAUUUGGAAAUGGAAAAUCUAUUCGUCGACUACUGGCUUUUUCUGGGCCGAGUGUUAGAAUUAUUUAUUUAUUUUUGCUUUUUCAACUCAAUAUUAAGAGUUCAAGUUUUGGAGAAGCUUUCAACUUUCCACAUUAUCGGUUUUGAAAUGAAAAUUCGAUAGAUUUCAUGAUCAUCUCUUCAUAUUAAAUUAUAAUACUGCAAUUUUUCUGCGUUCCGAGUGAAAUUUAUUUGUUAAACUAGUAUUUCAAAUGAAUAUAAGAGUCCUGGAAAGUUUUCAAGCAGAAAGAAUGGUAAAUAAUAAUUUUUUGAUGUUGGGAGAGAAACUCUAUUUUUUCAGGCUCUGGGUUCAACGGUUCAUGAACGUAGCGCCCACCAGGCUUGUCUAGAACAAAUGGAAAAACUUCAGAGAGAACACCUCAGACUACUGCAUAAUCGUUACUCAGGUUCACCGCAACUUCCUAACGAAAACAGAGAAUUUCUCAGACACAAGCAUGGACGAGGUGAGCUUGAAGCGAAGACUGGACAACAUGCCGACCUACGAAGCGCUCUACGCCUUCACCCAUUCGAUUGUGCGGAGACUCACCGAGGCUCGUUGGGCUCUGAUAGAGAAGACGGCCGAAAGUUCGAGAAUCCAGGUUUUGAUAUGGAACACUCAAGGAAAAACUUACUUUUCAAGAUGGACCUCGUUGCAAAUCAGUCUACGUUGCUGGUGAAUCAUGCCCAGGUUCAUUGGAGGCUUAUUCAUAUAAAAAUAAUACUUCAGACGGAACGGUUGCGGAUUUCUUUGGCUUCAAGAGGUAGAAGAACACGAAGACCUGCAUCUUAUCAUGGAAACGAUUUCAGUGAUAGAAAAGUAGACUCCAUCAUAAUAUCCAGUCAUUUAUUUCGUUUUCAGGUUCGAGAUGAUGUGAACUUUUAUCUUCCGCUGAAGUUGCAAGGCUCUCGAGUUGAAAACCUGCGCAGAUCUAUCAAAAAAAUCAACAAGGACGACUUGGACAGGAACAUCGAAGGCGAAUUUCUCAAGCUGUUCAGUUAUUCUCGAGGCCUGUGUCUGAUAUAGCCUUUUCAACGGAAAUCGGUUCUAGAGGCGUUGGUUGAUAAACAAGAGAGACAAUUCCGGCCCAACAGCAGGAUUGAGUACAUGAUCCGCGAAAUGAACGUCAACGGCGGUCGCACAAGAAAGAACACGCCGAUAAUCCGAGAAAGAGCUAGAGAACCUCCGACGAGACGACCCAUCAGGUUUUGGAACGAGUCCCAGAAAGUAGCCAAAGGAGAUUUGCAGUUUGGUGGAGGUUGACGACCAACAGCGGCGAUCGAGGCGUUCGGACGAGAAUCGACGCAGCAUCAAGUAUUACAAGAACAACAGCAUCGACUACCAAAGGUUAUAACAAGUUGUAUUUGACUAAUCAUUCAGAUGUUGAACUUUUCGAAAAGAAAAGAAAAUUGACAGAUUCAUUCGGACAAAAACGAUUCUCUUAUUCUAAGGACAGGAGAAACUCCGGAAAUCAUUGACAUAGACUUCAAUUCUUUUUUGAUUAAUAUUUUUAAAAUCACAAAUUUUACAAAUUUCUGCUUCUUGUAAAAUAUCUUUCUAAUUGAAAGAAACCAAUCGCGAAUAGGAAAAUUUGAGCUCUAAUUUCUCAAAACGUUGUGAAAAAUCUCAUGAUCUGCAUCUCGUACUUCGAAGAAUAUUCCAGCCGACUUCCAAAAGUCUGAAUUCAUAGUCAAAACGACCGUGCGGACUUAUAGAGCCGAUGAUCACUACCAACCUGAAGUCGCCUCGAUGCAAGACGUCUCAGCUGGAAUCAGUCCCCACGGAACUCCUGUCCUCAUGCGACGACACCAUCCGCCAGUUGAAACAAGGAUGCCAAGUUUGCUUCUAUUCAUAAUGAAAACGUAUUCGUCUCAGCCUACGACAUGGUGCCCGAGGCGACGGUGGUGAGGGUUGAACGGGUUCGGAAGCUGGAGCGAGGCUUCAGCACAGACAGCAAGACGACGGAUUCUCUGCAGGACCGGGACGAGCCGCGGAAGGUCGACGGCGAACGGAGAGUCGUCCGUCUGCAGCGUUCCCAACCAGUCAGUCGCAUAAAACAGCCGACGUCCACGGUCGUCAUGAGAAUGGUUAUUUCAAUCAGCGACGACAAGACAUUGAAUUGAAUCUUUUCAGCGAACGAUAGAAUCGCAUCGCGAGUCAUUGCGCGAACCCGCGGUAUACUGUACGUCGAAAACCUUGGAAGCGCCUUCUGAAUCGAAACUUCCAACGCCGACGUCGCGGUCCGAGAAGAAGACUUGGCUUGACCGGCUAAAGGGCAUCACUCGGACUUAG